AUGCAAAUCACACCAACGUAUCUUAACUUUUCAUUCCUAUCUGGUGUUCCAGAAAUUAUGGGUGAAUGCUUGAAAUAUCAAACACCAAAUGAUGAAAGCAUGUUUUUUGUUAUUGUUUCACAUAAUACUGAUUUUUUAACAUUUUUGAUCAAUCAAUAUCACCUCGAAAUGAAUUUAUCUUAUUGCGCGGCAUUUGGUAAUUUAAAUGCAUUCCUUAUUUAUUUUGAUAUGACAAAAGAUGUGAAUGAUUGCUUUAUAAAUUCUCCUCUUUUUUAUCUUCCUUCAUUAGUUGAAGAUUUUAUUUCAUUUGGAGUAGAUAUUAAUGCAUCAGAUUUGCUUGGAAAAACUGCAAUUAUUCACGCGGGAUUAACUAAUAAUAGAUCAGCAGAAAUAUUGUUAUCUCAUGGAGCAGAUAUCAAUUCACGCGAUUCUGAUGGUAUGACAGCACUUCAUAAAGCAGCGUCUAAUAAUUAUGUAGAAUUCAUGGAAUUUCUGAUUGAGCAUGGUGCCGAUUAUAAUGCAAGUGAUAUAUGUAAGUAUUCUGUUCUCCACUUUACAACAAGAUAUGAUAGUAAAGAUGCUGCAGCAUUACUUAUAUCUUAUGGUGCAAAUAUCAAUGCAGUAGAUGAUACUGGAAAAUCAACUCUUCUUAAUGCAGCACAGCAAGAUGAUUUUGCAAUUGCAGAACUUCUGAUUUCACAUGGCGCAGAUAUUAAUGCAAAAGAUUAUAACAAUUCAUCAGCUCUUCAUUAUGCUGCUGCAUAUAACUCUGAAGAAACAGCAGAUUUACUUAUUUUGCAUGGAGCUGUUGUCAAUGCAAGAGAUGUGGAUAAAAAAACUCCCCUUAUUGUAGCUGCCGAAUAUUCUAAUAAAGAAGUUGCAGUGCUUCUUAUUUUAAAUAAAGCUAAUGUUAAUGCAAAAGAUCGAAAUGGCAAAACAGCGCUUAUGUAUGCUUCCGAAAAAGGAUCAAUUGAAAUUGUAAGUCUUCUUUUAUCGAGUGGAGCUAAUACCAAAAUUCGAGACAAUUUUAAACAUAAUGCACUUCAUUAUGCAACAAUAUCGAAGAAUUAUGAAAUUGCAAAUCUUUUAAGACAAUCAUAG